CCAGGAACUGGCCCUUUAACAGGGAGGAGGGGCCAGGCCCUGGUGGCGGAAGCUGAUCUAGUGGCCUGUGAUUCCAUGUUGGUCCUGGCUGGGUUGUAGGCUGUGCUGGUCUGGGGAACUGUCUUUCGGGAAGGAGAUCUCCCCAUCAAACUACAAGCUGGCUCUGAGAGAUACAGGCCAUGGCUGUGUAACUAGGAACCUAUGACUGGGAAGAGGAAAUAACACUGCCAACAUCAAAGGUCAUCUGUGUGCCACAGGAAUGGAGGGAGCCUUGACGGAGCGUGUCAGGGCAGAGCCUUUCCACAGGGUCACGCCCCUGUUGGAGAGCUGGGCAUUGUCUCGGGUGGCAGGCAUGCCCGUCUUCCUCAAAUAUGAGAAUGUACAGCCGGCUGGAUCCUUUAAGAUCCGGGGCAUCGGACAUUUCUGUCAGCAGAUGGCCAUGAGGGGAUGCAGGCAUCUGGUGUGCUCCUCAGGGGGCAAUGCAGGCAUUGCAGCCGCAUACUCGGCUCGGAAGCUGGGCAUCCCUGUCACCAUCGUGCUCCCAGAGAACACUUCCUCGCAGGUGGUGAGGCGGCUGGAGGGAGAGGGGGCCGAGGUCCAGCUGACUGGGAAGGUCUGGGAUGAAGCCAAUAUAAGGGCUCAAGACUUGGCCAGAAGGGACGGCUGGGUGAAUGUCUCCCCAUUUGACCAUCCCCUUAUAUGGGAAGGCCAUGCCAGCCUAGUGCGGGAGCUGAAGGAAUCACUGGGGACCCCGCCAGGUGCUGUGGUGCUGGCCGUGGGGGGCGGAGGGCUCCUAGCAGGUGUGACUGCUGGCCUGCUGGAGGUAGGCUGGCAGCACGUGCCCAUUGUUGCCAUGGAGACCGAGGGGGCGCACAGCUUCAACGCGGCCUUGCAGGCAGGCAGGCUGGUCACUUUGCCAGAUAUCACCAGUGUAGCCAAGAGCCUGGGAGCCAAGACGGUGGCUGCACGGACCUUGGAGUGUGCGAAGGAGUGUGAGAUUCUCUCUGAGGUGGUGGAAGACCGGGAGGCUGUGAGAGCUGUGCAGAGGUUUCUGGAUGAUGAGCGCAUGCUGGUGGAGCCUGCCUGUGGGGCCGCCCUGGCUGCUGUAUACUCAGGCAUCCUGGGGAGGCUCCAGGCUGAGGGUCGCCUGGGCCCGGCCCUGGCUUCCAUUGUGGUCGUAGUGUGUGGUGGCAACAAUAUCAGUAGCCAACAGCUCCAGGAGCUGAAAACCCAGCUGGGCUGUAGCUGAGGGCUCCCAGGGACUCCAGAGAGGCUCCUGGACCCCUUCAUGGCCACCCAAGGGGCCUCAGUUGCAGCUGUCCUGCCCUCUUCUUUCAGGUAGCCCUCUUGGAUUGCUCCCAGGGGCUCCCUGAGUUCAGUGAAUAAACCUUCCUGAGUGGA